AUGAAGAGCUCGGCUUUGUUCCUUGUGGCAGCAUUUGCGGCGGAUGACAUCCAGGGUACGGGCCAGUUCAAAAAGUACUAUCCGGAUGCAGCCGACUUUAUAGCGGAGCCGGUGGCUGUGGUCGAAACACAACGCCCGGUGGUAGUGGAGCCUCGUCCAGUGAUGAUGGAGCCUCGCCCGCUGCUGGUGGAGCCGCGUCCUGUGGUCAAGGAGCCGCCGGUAGCGCGGGCAUACGACGUGUCGGAACCGGUUUACACAUGUCCGAAACCAGGUUAUGCUCUGAUCGGCGAUGAGUGUGUGAGCGAGACACGAAUUGAAUCACGUCUGGAGUGCCCACCAGGUUACAAGUUUGUUGGGGAUAUUUGCGUCCAACGUAUUCAGCCCCAGCUGACUUGUCGUCAGGGACAGUUGAUCGGUGGCAUUUGCCAGCAGCUUGAGAUUUAUGAGGCGGAUUUGCAGUGUCCUGUGAACACGCAUCUGGGUAUUGACGGCGUGUGUUCAGUGCUUGAGCCGGUCAAUUACAUCGACGUUUGUCCUGACGGCACAGUGCGUUCGCAGCAGGGCUGUCUGGCAGUGGAGUACAUCGACCCCGUCUUCGUGUGUCCACCUGGCACACAGAUAGACGGCAAGAAGUGCCGACGUGAAGUGGUCUCUUACAAAUACAAGAAGAUGCCAAACCGCAUGCUAUCAGCUGUUGACGCGUCCGAGGUGGACCACACCCCAUCGUCUGACUCCGCCGUGGUCGCUGAACCCGCUGUAGAGCAAUUGACUGCACAGUCUGUCGACGCAGAGGACGCAGACAUGGAGGGCGAGAGCAGCUACGAGUACUGUGACGAUGACGACAUUGCAUAUGCGGAAGUCGUGACGGCAUCUCCGUUUGCCUACAUGGAACCGGAUUUGGUGGUGACGGACCAAUGGAUGCCGGCUCAGCCGGUGGGCAAGUUGAAGGCACGAAAGUACAGACCUGAAUAUGCACCCGACUUUGUGGUCGACGACGUGCAGUGGGAGAAGGUCCAGGUGCCAGUGGUGGUACCUCAGCGACUGAAGGAAGUGAAGGUGAAGCAGCCCAAAGUCCGCGAAGUGGUCGUGAAGGAAAAGCGUCCGGUGGUACCGCAACAGGUGAUAAAGGUGGUGACACAAGCUGCCGAACGUGUAUGCCCUGUUGGAUCGCGUUAUGGUGGCACAUGUGUGGUCGAGACGGUCGUUCCUGCUAUCCGCGAGUGUCCCGUACCAUUGAUUGACGGUGCUUGUGCGCGUCGUGUGGCGGUCGCACCAAUCGCCUCUUGCCAGAUUGGAAGCCUUGCAUGCAAUGGUCGUAUUUGCAAGUGUGAGAUUCUUACUGAACAGGCACCGGUGGCAGUUUGCCCUCUCAGUACUCACAGCCUUAUGGGCGAGUUCUGUGUCAACGAAACAACCUCUCGCCGCUUGUGCCCACUCGGAUUCUUCCUCGACACCGAUGGCACCACCUGUGUUCGUCGUGACAUCGAACCCGCUCUCUGUCUCUUCUCUGUCACAUACGCCUGUCCCGACUGCGACCACCAUCACCAUUUCGUGCCCCCAGCUCAAGCCAUCACGCCCAUCAUCCCCAGCGGAGGCUAUUACAAGAAGCCCCGCAAGUUCCUCACGGGCGAAUCUCGCACCGAACGCAAGGAAGCACGUGAUCAACACCAAGACGAUGCUUCCUUCUAA